UGUGUGUUUACGUUCUUCGAAUAUUCUGCUCACCAAAAACAGUUCAUGAAUCAUUGAAAUCCUCCGCCAUAAACGGAGUCAUAACAACCAGCUGAACCUUUCAAUGUGUUGGGAUCGUUCUGUAGAAUUGACAUACGUUAGUUUGGGAUAGAUUUAGCCAUUGAUAUUUCUGUAAAUGUGAAGAAUAACGUCUAAACACAAAGUAGUAAUGUUUGUUUAUUCAACGCCUUGUUUGUAAUUCAUACACGCAUGCGUAUUUUGUCGUCACAGCCACAUCCCACGACAAGCCUCUGGAUUUCACUUUCAGUAUUUUUGGUUGGAUUUUAAAAUUAAACUACGUUUGUUGGAUGGUUGGAUGAAGUGGGAAUUCUGCUUAUGGUCAAGCUGUUCAUGAUCAAGGAUUAUACCACCAGUCUUCCAAAACAGACGUGGUAUUGGAGAGUGGUCGGCCAGUGAUGGCCAGUUUCCAGUUUACCACGACUGAAAAAUUACCCCAAGCGAAGCCGAUCUGUGACUUGCGACCAACUGGUACUCAAUACCAGGUGCUUGCACCAAGGAACAGUACGGUGAACCACGAGACAUGGGCUGUAGCAUUUGCUCCUGAUCGCUCUUACUUUGCUUGGUCCUUCGGCAACGGCAAAGUCAGACUCAUUCCUUGGGAUGACCAUAGUAAUACCAUUGCUGAUUUAAACAACAUCAACACCAUCCAAUAUGGCGCUGUCAACCUGCAACAGGACGGUUCGCUGCCAACAGAGGGCGACAACCAACAGCAGUCUUCCCCAAGACAUCACAUGAUGAAGGUUAUUGACUGUGGUGAGGUGGUGUGGUCAUUAGCACUCGGUGCCUCAAAGCCACAUAAGAAAUGGCGGAACAUUAACAUUAAGUACCAUUUCUAUGAGCACCUGGACAUGAAUUAUGAACUGAUCUUGGCUAUGGGGCUCAAAUCAGGCAAGAUAAGGACAUACGACAUCACUACUGGGCAAAUGCUUCUUUUGGUCGAUCACAAAGACGUUAUCAGAGACCUGAAAUUCUCCCCCGAUGGAAGUCUUCUUUUGUUGUCAGCGUCACGAGACAACACCUUGAAAGUCUGGGACCUAAAGGAUGAUGGUAACAUGGCCAUUACACUAAGAGGGCACUCCAACUGGGUUUAUGGGUGUGCAUUCGCACCAGAUGCAAAUAUGGUAGCAUCAGUUGGUGCCAAGAAAACUGUGAUUUUAUGGGACCUGAGGCAAUGCAAGAUUCUCCGGCGAUUGAUUGGUCACUAUCACGAUGUGGUCACCUGCGAUUUCUCUCCAGAUGGUGCCCUCCUAGCCACAGCAUCAUAUGAUGCACGAGUACUUCUAUGGGACCCUCACACUGGAGUCAAUCUCAAAGCGUACCACCAUGUUUACCCACCACUUUUACCGGUAUUUGCGGGCGGCUCCAAUAACAAUUUCGUCAGACACAUGGCCUUCUCACCUGACGGUAGCCACUUUGCAACAGUGUGUGAUGACAAGUUAGUUCGCUUUUGGUCACUCUUUGACACGUCAGACCCAAUUGCUGUCGCUAAUGUAACAGAUGGUUUAUGUUGCAGCUAUUCUGCACAUGGGCGUGUUUUGGCAACUGGAACAAGAAACGGCUCUGUGAGAUUUUUUACUGCUCCCAUGGAGGUUCAGAAACUACAACACAUGUGUCGCCUUGCCAUUAGACGGUUGGUACCCAAGACUGAUAACCUUUUGGAUCUGAACCUACCCCCUGGGCUUAGGACCUAUCUUCAGUACAGUAACGUCUGCUGAUACAAGGUAGAAGUGCUAAUUUGUGUUGUAUAUUAAUGUCUGCCAGAGUCAAAUCAGCCUGUUUAUCUGUCAGAGCUUCUCAAAUGCUGAGUACACUUCACAAAGGUCAAGUGCAGUUUGCUCUUUGACCCUCUUCCGCUACAUGUGUCGCUGGCCUGUGGACAUCUUACCCUUGAACGUCCAGUUAAUUCAUAACCAAGGUAGUGUUUAAUAAGUGCAAUAGUGGCACAGCGUAUACCCAGUAUACCACUUAUUCAUGAGGGAAUAUGACUCAUUGAUAAGUACAUUUCCAGUUUUCAAAGAGUACCAAUUCCAAUGGACCCUGUGGAUUUACUGUGCAUAUGACGUGAUUUGAGUUUGGCGCCCUCAGCUAGAGGUUGGCCCAUCCUGUAUGCCAAGCAUACACCAAGAUAGCCCCCAGUGACCCAGUCCACAGGCCGGACACUGGGGGCUGACCCGGGUGAGCCCCUGGAAUGACGUCAAAGCUGUUCAAACGUACCGGGGACGACCCAGGGAA